AUGGCGGUUCAAUUUCCUCCUGUUCGUUCUCUUCAGGACUUUAUUACAGAUGCUCGGUUUACUGCCCCAACUUUUCAUGACAUAGAUAGGAUGGAGAACAGAAUGGUUAAAAAUCUAAUAUAUUACCAAACAAACUACUUUCUAUCUGCCAUUCUUAUUCUCAUUUUGGUUGGGUAAGUCGCAAUACUAGCUGAAAGUUUUCUAGCGAGGUUUGGGGCCCCGGGCGGGGGUACUCCCAUAAAUUACCUAUACAGGUAUGUGCCGCUCAACGGGGUCGUGAUUUUGAAGCUCCUGAUUUAGAACGGGGUAUCCAUUUCAGAGGCGUUUUUUAGAACGUGGUGCCAAUUUGGAGUCGCGGGCGGCACAUACCCACCCAAAAAAUACCCAAGUGCCCCCCCGGGGGUUCGGGGACCUUUAUAAAAUAUUCGCUUAAUUUAUUUUAGUGACCUCAAGACAUAGUAACUGACAGAGUUUUCGAUAUUUCUCUUGUUCGAGUCUGUUUAGUUGGUUGAUCACAGCUUUGGCUUGCUCAGAGUUUUUGUAGAGCUGAGCGGGGACAUUGAUGUGGUCCGGGCAGUUCAAAACCCUACCAACCACAGGGAAUCCAGGCUCCUUUUGACGUCCUCUUGGUUCUAAAAACAUAUAAUAAGCUUAAGUAUUUGCAUGGUAGUUUAAAAUCGGCGGUAUAAAAAGUGGCAAAUAACAGCACUUAAGUGUCGAGUACCGUUCAUUAAAGUUCAUUAACCUUAUAUGAUCAAUGUUGAAAUAAUGUUGUUUUUGCAUCAUUUCUUAACCAUCAACACAGGAAAAAAUAACAGAUUCCCAAUAUCGGAUAUUUUAGGGUAUUUAAAGAAUACCCACAAAAAUCCCAAAUUUGGCAAAGUAAGACAAGUCCCAAGAAGGGAAUUGCCAACCAAUUUCCCUCCCUGGUUGGGACUUGUCUCACUAUUCCAAAGUUGGGAUUUUUGUGGGUAUUCUUUAAAUACCCUAAAACAUCCAAAAAUGGGAAUCUGUUAUUUUUUCCUGUGCAAGUAGCUGCUUAUCACGUCAGAGUAUUAUUUUUGUCAAGUAGUGAUUCUUUAUUAUUCUAUGAUGUAAUGUAAACCGUAAAAUAUCAACUGGUAAGAUAGGCAGCCAGGAGCUGUGAUUAUCAAUUUACACCUUUCUAUGAGCACAUCACGGAGUAGUGACAUUUAGCUGUUGGCGUUGUCUUUGUCCUACCUUGUCAAAUGGAAGGAGAUUUGCUGUUUAAAAGUGUGGGGAAUGUAGGCCUUAAUGGCCUGGACUCUUAAUUAGCCUUUGUUCUGAAACAAUAACCUAUUGUUUUGAAAUAACAGUUAACAGUUCCAUUUAUUUUAAGAUGGCUUUUGCAACCCUACCAUGGGCAACCACAUGGCCUUGCAUGGGUCUUCUGUCCUUUUGAACCUACCCAUUCUGUUACCUUGCUCUCUUCUGUAAGCAGUUAUCCAAACUACUGGAAAAAUGAAGUUGCCUUUAAAACAUAUGAAACACUAGCCUGGGACCUGGCUUUGCAGUGGUGGAAAAUGGCGAAAAAAAAAAUUGGAUCACUUUGAAGGCUUGCCCAUUUUUUUGUUUUACCCCAUUUUUGCCUUUUUCCCACUAUGCAGAGCCAAGUGCUAGGUUAAUCAAUCAUGUACAUCUGUUCCUGUUGACCUUCACCACCACUGAUCUUUACUUCACUUUACAGGGUUAUGUAUCCAAAGGAUUUGAUGAUUGGUACAAUCUCCCUGUUGUCAACCUUCAUUUUGUUUGGAGUCGCACAGAGUCAUGAACCAAGAAUCGCUCAGAUCAAGCGUCAGUACCCCUCUUUGGUUCCUGCCUCUGUGCUUGGUCUUGCUGUGUUGAUUAUUUACGCACUGGGGUCCACGCUUGUUUUUCUUUGGGGAGUGACUAUGCCUCUGGCAGGUAGGUGAAUUGAUGCUCCUAAAACUUCUGGGAAAUAUUAAUACAGUCAAUCCCCACUUCACGGACAUCUGUUUAAAGGACACCUCAUUAUAGAAUUUUUUUUGUCCCUGGGGAAAAAAGCCCUUGCAUUUUCUCUAAAUUCAACCUGCUUAAUACUGCAGACACCCUGUUAAUACAGACACUUUAUGACCCCCUCAGCAUCCUUAAUACUGUUGAAUGAUGCCAGUCAUUCAGGAAUCAAGAAAUUACUUGGUCAGCGGUUUGUAACCAUAGCUUGAAGCUUCUGAUACUAUGAAUGUCAACAGAUAAUUAUUUUAAUAAACCAGUAAAUUUUACAACAAUCUUUAAAGAAUGUAAGCCAGCUCUGAGAUAAUUGAGCCAAAAUGAUGAUUUUUAAAUUAAUUAUUGAUGCCAAUGACUAAAGGGUUGGUGCCCAACUGACCGAAUGGCAGUCAUGUUUUCUUGCCAAUAAAUAAAACUUUCUUCCAAAAGAAUUGUAAAUACUUUCUCUAUUUGAAACUCUUCUGCAAAAACAAAAACAUUUAAUUUAUUUUUGAAGUGAUUUAUGAACAUG